CGACUUUUGCUUUCUAGCUAAUGGCUUUGCUCACAUUUAAAUCUCCCGAAUUUACUUUUAAACAAAAACUUAUUUUGGAAGAAAGAUAUUUAUCUCGAGUAAUAUGGACCUCUAAUUUCCCUCGUCCAACUCGAUGCAAGGCAUCAUAUAAAGUUGAAACAAUUCCUCGUCGAUCUUCAAAAUUCCAACCUUCAAUUUGGACCAAUGAUUAUAUUCAAUCUCUAAGUAGUGAAUAUAAGGAAGAAAUGUAUAGAGAGCAAUGCAAAGUGCUAAGUGAAGAAGUAAGGAUGAUGCUUUGCAAAGUGAAAAAUGAGAUUGAUCAACUUGAGUUUAUUGAUGUAUUGCAAAGGCUUGGAGUUGCUUACCAUUUUAACAAUGAAAUAAGGAACAUUUUGGACAACAUUUACAACACACAAACAUCCAACUUGAAGAAUAAUUUAUAUGCCACAUCUCUCAAAUUUAGACUUUUAAGGCAACAUCGUUAUAAUAUAUCUACAGAUGUUUUUAUUGACUUUCAAGAUGAAAUGUGUAACUUCAAGAAAGAGCAACCUAUUGAUGUUGAGGCAAUGUUAUCAAUGUAUGAAGCCUCAUUUCAUUCCUUUGCAAAUGAAACUAUAUUAGAUGAAUUAAGAGAUGUGACAUCAAAGUUUCUCAAAGAAUAUUUGAAAAAUGGAGGUAACCACAUAUCACUUCUAAUAAGUCAUGCUUUGGAGCUUCCACUACAUUGGAGAAUUCCUCGUUGGGAGGCUUGGUGGUUCAUUAAUAUAUGCGAAAGACAACAAAAUCAGAAUCAUGUUUUACUUCAAUUUGCUAAAUUGGAUUUCAACAUUGUUCAAAGCAUAUACCAAGAAGAGCUAAAGUAUACAUCGAGAUGGUGGAAAAGAACUGAACUUGGAGAAAAGUUGAGCUUUAGUAGGGAUAGAUUGGUUGAGAACUUUGUUUGGACUAUGGGAACAAAUUUCAAGCCAGAGUUUGAAUAUUUCCGAAAAGUAAUAACAAAGGUUAAUUCAUUUAUUACCACAAUUGAUGAUGUUUAUGAUGUGUAUGGCACUUUGGAAGAAUUAGAGCUAUUCACUCAUACAAUUGAGAGAUGGGAUCUAAGUGCCAUGAAUUCUCUUCCAUACUACAUGAAAAUAUGUUUUCUUGCACUGUAUAACUUUGUGAAUGAAUUGGCUUUUGAAAUUUUGAAAAAGAGUGGAUACUAUAUCAUUCCAUAUCUGAAGAAAGUGUGGGCAGAUUUAUGUAAAUCAUAUUUGAUUGAAGCAAAGUGGUACCAUAGUAAAUAUACUCCAACUCUAGGAGAAUACUUAGAAAAUGCAUGGAUAUCAAUAAGUGCACCUGUUAUACUUACCCAUGCUUACAUUGCAAUUCCUCAUUCAUUCAAAAUUGAAGACUUGGCUAGUUUAGAAGAAGACUCCAAAAUAAUUUAUUUUUCAACAAUGAUUUUACGCUUUGCUAAUGAUAUUGGAUCAUAUAAACGUGAAAUUGAGACAGGAGAUAUUCCAAAGUCAAUUCAAUGCUACAUGAACGAAAGUGGAGUUUCUGAAGUAGAGGCUUGUGAUUAUAUAAAGUCCAUGAUAUGUACAAUGUGGAAGAAGAUGAAUAAAGAAGCUCAUACUUCAUCAUUCUCUCAAAGUUUCAUAGAUACUUGUAUAAAUCAUGCUAGAAUGGCAAUGUUUAUGUAUGAGCAUGGAGAUGGUCAUAGCAUUCAAGAUCUUGAAAUUCAGAAUCGCAUAACGUCGUUAGCUUUGCAACCCAUUCCUUUUAUAUGUACAAAAAAUUCGGAGUUAAAUAAUGACAUCUAAUGUGUUUCCAAAUUAAUGAAUGAAUAAAUAUAAGUAAAAUAUA